AUGAAGGAAUAUCUCCCAUAUUGCACAAGUACAAAACCAACAAAUACUUUAUGCAAAAUCCUAAUCAUCGAUGCACAAAAAGGCACAGAAACUAUCAAAAUGAUGGGCAAAAAGUUCCCAUUAGAGCAAUACUCUCUCAAUCAUCUAAAAAGAGCAAAAAAACACACAUGCGGCCAUCAGCUUGAAUUAGUAAUAGGACCUUCAAAUCUAAUCACAGAUGAAGAAGCUGAAGAGCUCAAAACCCUUGGAGAUGGCUGCAAUGAUUGUGAUCGAAUAAUAGAAAAAGAAGUUCCUCAAUUUCCUGCUUAUACCCGUGAACAAUUAAAGAUCUGAAACUCAUUUUGGCCUAUUUCUUAUAAAGAACCAAGCAUCCUUCCAAUAAUCCAAAUAAAAGAAGAAAUGAAAAAAAUUUUUGAAAUUAUGAAGAGCUUAGACCAUGACUCAGCUGCUAUUUAUAACCCGAAAACCGAAGAAAUCUGCUAUGGGAAAAAAGGAGACUUGCCUUUGCAGCAUCCAAUUAUGGAUGCAAUUAAUAAUUUUCCUAUUUCUGAUAAUCAAUAUUAUUGUAAUGAUCACUAUCUCAUCACCAAGGUUGAGCCUUGUUUGAUGUGUGGAAUGGCUUUAGUUCAUUCGAGGUUUGAAAGGGUCUAUUUUAUGGAGAAAAUGGAAGAUGGAGCUUAUUCAUACUGGAGGCUUCAUGAGAAGCCUUUAAAUUAUAUGUAUAGAGUGCUUAGGAUAAAAAAAAAUGUUUUUGAUGAAAAUAAUGAAGAGUAA